GCCGUGGGCUUCUUUCUGCUGCUGAUCGCCAUUGUGGGACUCAUUGGAGCCGUCCAUCAUCACCAAGUCAUGCUUUUCUUUUACAUGGUCAUUCUCUUCAUUGUUUUCCUCUUCCAGUUUGGAGUUUCCUGUUCUUGCCUGGCCAUGAACCAGGGUCAACAGGAGAAGCUGCUGAAUUCAUCCUGGGGAAUGAUGAAUAACGACACAAGAAACAGCAUUGAGAAGAAGCUGGACUGCUGUGGCUUGUUCAACAAUACACAGAACCUGGGAGUGUUUAUGUCUGACUUACACCUCUGCGAUGCUCCAUGUCUAAAAAAGAGCCCCUGCCUCACCUGCGGUGAAAAGAUGCUCCAACAUUCAUCAGAAGCUCUGAAGAUCCUUGGAGGGGUCGGCCUCUUUUUCAGCUUUACAGAGGUUAGUUCAGAUCACAUGUUGUCUGGGCCACAUGUGAAAGGCACAGCAAAGUUGUGGUAACUGUUGGGAGAUCUGGACUUCUUUUGAGGACUGACU